GACAACAGGAAGUAAAUGUCCUCUGUCGUCUCAGGGAGCUACCAAAGAGGUGGCUGAACAGGGAAACAUAGCUGCUAUGUUCUGACAUAUCUGUAUGUCUGUGUGAACAAAUCACCCAGUUUGUUAAAUGGAGGAAGGUUUACCGUCCUCACAUCAUCGGUUUUUUGUAGGAAAAUCAUAACAAUCUUUGGUGAAUUAGCCCUGAGUGUUACCGAGGUAACGCCGGGGCUAGCGUCUCAUACCGCUGAAGUUAGCUUGUUCAGCAAGCUAGUAUCAGACCGCAGACGUCUGCCAGGAGGGAGGAAAUCGGCGAAAUGAGUGAACCUACUACAAGGUAUCGACCAGCUUAACCGUCUUCUGUGUCAGUCCAGUGUUGCAAUGAGGAUUACCAGAGUUCAGCUCUGAGGGCUCAGAGGGAUGAACUCGGUUUCCCCAAGUGCAGCUCAGUACGUCGGGGGAGUCAUGCAGGAUGAGCUGGUGGACAGUCGGAGGCAGCAGCCUCCAGAGCGGCAGAACAGCUUUGGACCCAGGCUGCCUCAAACUCUCGACCCCAGCAGAGAAGCCACCAGAGAGCCGGAUGAGAUGGACAAACUGAAGGCCAAGAUGAUGUCAGCAUGGAACAACGUCAAAUAUGGUUGGACUGUUAAGUCUAAAACCUCCUUUAACAAGAUAUCACCAGUUACUGUGCUGGGACAUUCUUAUCUGCUCAACAGUGAAGACGAAGUGGAGCGGUUCCGUCUGGCUUUUGUGUCGAGGAUCUGGCUGACCUACAGGAGGGAUUUCCCUCAGCUGGAGGGCUCCACCUGGACUACAGACUGUGGCUGGGGCUGCAUGCUGCGCAGUGGGCAGAUGCUGCUGGCACAGGGGCUCCUUGUCCAUUUGAUGCCCAGAGAUUGGGCUUGGCCAGGUGCUCAGCAGCUCACUGAUGUGGACUUUGAGGUUUUCCGACCACGUUCCCCAGCUCGGGCUGGAGGGGUCCCCAUCCCUUCCUUUGGUUCUCCACGAGGACCCAACACCCCUGAGAAGUCUUUGUCAGGCAGCCAGGCAUCCAGAUGUAGUCAGAAGAAAAGGCCUGAGUCUGCAAAAGACAGGCAAGCAGAGCCCAUCCACCACAAACUUGUUACCUGGUUUGGGGAUCAACCCCUGGCGCCUUUUGGCCUUCACCAGCUGGUGGAAAUUGGCAAAGGUUCGGGGAAGAAGGCUGGUGAUUGGUACGGUCCGUGUAUAGUGGCACACAUACUACGGAAAGCCGUGGCGAAAACGUCUGUAGCCCAAAACCUGGCUGUUUAUGUGGCUCAGGAUUGUACAGUGUACAGAGAGGAUGUGGUGCGUUUGUGCGAUCUGUCACUGAGCCAGACUGUCCCUGAUCCGUCCAGCCAAGCCUGGAAGUCUGUCAUCAUACUGGUGCCUGUCCGGCUGGGAGGGGAGGCCCUCAACCCGUCCUACAUCGACUGUGUCAAGAACAUUCUAAAGCUGGAUUGUUGUAUUGGAAUAAUUGGAGGAAAACCGAAGCAUUCACUUUACUUCAUUGGCUUCCAAGAUGAGCAACUGCUGUAUCUGGACCCUCACUACUGCCAGCCGAUGAUCGAUGUCACACAAGUCAGCUUUUCACUGGAGUCAUUCCACUGUAGCUCUCCUAAAAAGAUGCCCUUCAACCGCAUGGAUCCAAGCUGCACGAUCGGCUUCUACGCCAAGAACAAAAAGGACUUUGAGUCUUUAUGUUCUGCUGUUAGCAUGGCUCUGUCAUCAUCCGAGGAGAAAUACCCCAUCUUUACCUUCGUAGAGGGCCAGGGUCAGGACUAUGGACUUGAGGGUCACAGCAGCAACCACAGUGGACCAGCAGCCCACAUUUUGCCUCCGGGUAAACUUGGCAGGAGUAACAACAUAAGUAACAGUGAUGAGUUUGUGUUCCUUUAAGGCUCUGAGGAAGAUGCUCUCCCAGCUCCCACCUGAAGGAGGCACAAAUAGACACUUUACUGGACUCUGCAAGUGCAAGUGUUGUUUUUUUCCACUUCAUCAAACAUCCAAAAGCCUCAUAGUCGAGUAAAAUUACACUCAGCGGGAGAUCUACGUAAUAUUUAAUGAGCUCACUGGUCAGGUGGGGGUCGCCUCGUAUAGAUCUUGACUUGUAUAUUAUGCCAUCUGCUGUACAUCAUGUUUUUAUCUUCCGUUCUUUAAAUUUAUUUAUCAGGUAUAUGAAUGUGUGCUUGCGAAUGUGUGAGUGUUGGGUUAGUGUAAUUUAUUUGUGUCAUCUUUAAUUGUAUAAAUGUAUUUAGAUGUCCACCGCGUUGCACCUCAGAAAUGUUUCAGAUUCUUCCAGGAGCAUCUUGAACGGAUGUAAAUUUAUUAUGGUUUGGCCGAAAUCACACAGCUGACCCUCGGGCUUCAAUCCCAGACACCCCCAGCUAUGACUCUUCAUUAUUUAUUAAGAACAUGAAACACUGCUGUCACAUUGUUCCUGCUGCUUAAAGAAUUGCUUGAGAUGCCAUGUUCUGGUGUGAAGAGAACGAUCCCCUUCGAGUGCCGAUGGAUCUUACAUUUUUAACUGUCUCAUGAAGCAGGAUUACAGUUACUUGGAUACAUCUGCAGAUUAAAACCCAGAAUGGCUCUCUUCAUUUCAGUACAAAUUCUGGGUUUUAUUUAGCAAAGUUAUACAGCCAUAGUCAAUAAGAGUGACUUCAGCUCAAUAGAGAUCAAUCUUUAAACUUCAGUUGCAAUGUAAGCAUGUUUGGUUUGUCCCUUUUUUUACAUGAAGGCUACUACUGCAAGUUGCGCUACUACUGUUAUUAAGUUUACUGUCCUGAUUAAAGUUCAAACACUGGAAUUCCA